UGACGUCACAGGAACAACACAAGAAGCCCAAACAGCAGAGAGAGAGUGGCCAAGGUUUGGAGUGUCUCGCCUUCGACUACUGAGUUGAGGGAGAUUAUCACCCACAAGUGGCAUGGGGGAUCAAAUUAAUCAAGACGAGAUUCGAAAGAAGCGCUUGGCUCGGCUAGGUGGAGGAACCAGCAGCAGUAACAACAAUGGAGAUGCAUCCCAGAUAUCCAUCCCACAGUCCCCGGGGGUACAGUUGUCCACCUCACCCCCUGGGUCAUCUCUUAUUACCUCGCCCUCCAAGAGACAUCCACCACCAUCACCGUUGGAUGUAACACCAUGCAAGAAAGGUGUAGAACCUAUGGAAGUUGAAACAAAAGCAGAAACGAUGAUGGAUACUGGGAAUAGUCCUCAUUACCGUAGUGACAACAAGAGACACAGGAGUGUGAGCACCACGGAAGUAACAGAAGAACUUGUGUGGGCAACUCUGUCCAAUCUUCUCCAGGCCACCUGGCAAGGAGUAGAAAAUGCAUGUCCACUUACAGUUCAGAUUACACCAGGUUCAAAACAACCUGAAGUUACAUCACAGGUGUUGAUGGAUGUUACACUCAGACUGUGUUCUGGUGAAGUACCAGAGGGUCUUAUUGAUAGCAACAACUGUUCAUCUAACUCUCCAGAGCUCAGUGCCUCUCCUACAGGUAGUAGUAGUAGUUCAGAUGUUAGUGCGCUUACAAAACCAUUACAGUGUCCUGAAGCUACCGCCCUCACCUACCUCCUACAAACUUACUCUCGAGUAAACAAUGAAGAAAAAAUUCAUCCAAAGAGAAGCAGCUCUCCUCCAUUGUCAACAUUACUGCAAGAUGUUCGUCAGCAGUGUGUUGCACAUGUUGCAUUGCUUCUCUCAGGUAUGUUAGAAUUUAGAUAA